AUGACUGCUGUAGCGUCUCCGCCUAGCUUUCAGCCACAAUGGAAUGCUGGUAGUGGUGUAGAGGGACCUAUGAGCGCCGAGGAGGUUACCAGAAUGUUCAUGCCUCGCAAGGGUGCACAGCGCACGAACUCGGCUUCUUCGACUACUUCUUCAGCUUCGUCAUCUACCUUCACUUCACCUGCUCCUGCCCCACAAACGAACGGCGAUACCCCAACUGCGAAUGGGGAACAAGGAGGGUGGGGACCAAAGAAAAAGGCGGCCAGUGGUGCCAGAGGUCUUUGGCCGUCUUCCAAAGCCGAGCCUGUAUCAGGUCUAUCUACAGCGAGAUCACAGGCACUCCCGACCCCGUCGUCAGGUCAGUCAGCCGCGUCCACCAUGAACACCGCAAUGCACCAGCCUUCCCCAGUAUUACCCUCACAAAACAGACUUCAAUCUCAAGCACAGCAAAAUGGAGGAAGAGGAGAACAGCAGACUACAGGUUCAGGACCGUCACCGGCCAUUCUGGCACUGCUGCCAAUGACCGGUACCUUCGAAAGAAAACAAAUUACAGUACCAUUUUCUCCAGAAUUCUUGCGGAUUGGUCGUCAAACGAAUGCGAAGACUGUACCAACGCCCGUCAACGGCUAUUUCGACUCCAAGGUACUUUCGAGGCAACACGCUGAGGUGUGGGCGGACAAGGAGACUGGCAAGAUAUGGAUCAAAGACGUGAAAUCAUCGAAUGGAACCUUCGUCAACGGAGUUAGGUUAUCGGCGGAAAACAGAGAUUCUGAGCCGCACGAACUUCGGGAACAAGACACGUUGGAGCUGGGUAUUGACAUUGUGAGUGAGGAUCAGAAAAGUAUUGUACACCACAAAGUCUCCGCCAAAGUUGAACUUGCGGGUAUUUAUCCCAACCCUCCAAGCCUACUGGAAAUUGACUUCAGUGCCAAUACUUCGAGUGGCGGCAACGCGAUGAUGGGGGAGCCCAUGAGUCAGCAAAUGUCACAAAUACGAGGCCGAGGUGGUAGUCAAGGCUCCGUGAGCAGCAACGGCCGUAUGACUGGUCCGUCGAGUAUGGCCGGGGGCAAUUCAAAUAUGUUGGGACCGCAGAGGCAAAUGAAUCUUUGGAUGGGUCCUAUCACCAUUGAGCAGGUCGUGAAGAAGCUGGGGGGGGAGCUCAAGCAAGCAAAGCAGCAAUCCCAGGAUCUCCACCGUACUGGGGACUUUUUCAACACUCUACUAACGCUACAACCUGGCCAAGAGCCCCCUAAUUCCCCACCGAAACAUAUUACAGAGGAGAAUAAAACGAACGGUGUUCAUCCACCUUCCCAGGUCGACAUUAUGUCUCCAUUUUCGCAGCCUCCAGCCCCACCGCCACAACAUCCUCUUCCUGAAAAACCAGAUUCCGCUCGCUUCACCAUACCAGACUCGUUGUCUCAGCCAUCCCUGAAGAGAGUAGAUACAGAAAGACCAAAAUCAGGAUUGAACUCACCUACAAAAGAGAUUCCGAGCGGCCAGAUUGUCUCCCUGCUUGAAGCAUUAAAGUCAGCGAAACAAGAAAUAGAUUCGCAAGGCAGCCGCGUAAAGCAUCUCGAAGUUGCAUUGGCACGAGAGCGCAAGGCACGUGAGCUUGCGGAACGGCGUGCGCGCACCUUAUCGGGUAGCCAAGAUGAUCACGAGACCAACGGUACUGUUGAGGAGGCCUUCGAGCCACCCUUGGAUACUCUGGAGCUCAUCGAGCACGAGCUACCAAAUGGUCAUGCGGAGGAUGACGAGGAGUCGAAGUUGCUUCCAAGAUCAAUAUCCACAGCGACUUUGAAGAGCGCUGAAGAGAUGCAUCAGGGCACAGUAGAUAUCGAUACCUCAACCUCGCGGCUACAGGCGAGAAUAGACCUCAUGGUUAAAGAGAUGGAUGACUUGAAGUUGCUGAUGGAAUCAUACAAGCAAAGGGCAGAAGACGCUGAAGAGGGACAAAGGGGCUUAGCGGAGAUGGUGGAAAGCAUUCGAGCAGGACGCGACUCCAAGAGCGUGAUGCCAACAACAAAUGACGAAGACUCUACACUUCUCGGCAAUGGCGACGUUGAUGGAGGUGCGGACUCAAAGGGUCCUACACGUUCCAAAGGAAUGGACCGCAGCUCGUCGUCCUCGCAUCUGCAUCACCAGCUACCAAAUGGCACCGCUGCAAUAGAGGACAUGCACCGAGAGCUGGAGAAAACGGUAUCAAACGUACUCCAGCAGCAACGGCAAUGGGGCAGUACAGGAGAGGGUGGGCGCAUGGUACAGAGUGCACCUUAUGUGUCUAUGGUCGGGGUCGUACUUAUCGGAGUUGGGAUCAUGACUUGGUUAAAUGGCUGGCAGCCGGGUGGAGAAAGAUGA